UUUUUUUUAAUUGAGGAAUCAACAGCCGCCAUCUUGUCGCGGACCCGACCGGGGCUUCGAGCGCGAUCUACUCGGCCCCGCCGGUCCCGGGCCCCACAACCGCCCGCGCACCCCGCUCCGCCCGGCCGGCCCGCUCCGCCCGGCCCUCGGCGCCCGCUCCGGCGGCCCCGCUCGCUUCUCGGCUCGGCCUCCCGGAGCCGCGGCGGCGGCGGCGGCGGCGGCGGCGGCGGCAGCGGCGGCGGCGGCGGCGGAACGGGGGGUGGGGGGGCCGUGGCGGCGGCGGCGGCGGCGGCCCCGCUUCGCGCAUUGUUUUUUCUUACGGCGGCGGCGGCGGCGGCAGCGGCGGGCCGCGGGCAGAGAGCGGAGCCCGGAGCCCCCCGGUCGUCGGGCCGCGAGCGAAUUAAUUAAGUGGGGCGCGGGGGGGGGGGAGUGAGGCGGCGGCGCGGCGGCGGCACCAUGUUCCCGGGGACUGCCUGAGCCGGCCAGCCGGGCGCCGUCGCUACCAGCCGGGCCCGUGGGGGCGGCCGGGCCGCCGGGGCGCCCCCGCCGCGGAGUGUCGCGCUCGGGAGGCGGGCAGGGGAUGAGGGGGCCGCGGCCGGCGGCGGCAGCGGCCGGGGGCGGGCGGUGAGCGCUGCGGGGCGCUGUUGCUGUGGCUGAGAUUUGGCCGCCGCCUCCCCCACCCGGCCCUGCGCCCUCCCUCUCCCUCGGCGCUCGCUCGCGGCUCGCCGCUCGCGCUCGCUGCUCUCCCUUCGUAGCCGGCUGGGGCCGGCGCCGACCCCCGCUCCGGAGCACUCGCUGGUCCCGCCGCCCGCGUUCGGGGCUGUUUCAGCGAGCAGGUGAAAAUGGCCGAGAACUUGCUGGACGGACCGCCCAACCCCAAAAGAGCCAAACUCAGCUCGCCCGGCUUCUCGGCUAAUGACAGCACAGAUUUUGGAUCAUUGUUUGACUUGGAGAAUGAUCUUCCUGAUGAGCUGAUCCCCAAUGGAGAAUUAGGCCUUUUAAACAGUGGGAACCUUGUUCCAGAUGCUGCUUCCAAACAUAAACAACUGUCAGAGCUUCUGCGCGGAGGCAGUGGCUCUAGCAUCACCCCUGGAAUAGGAAAUGUGAGUGCCAGCAGCCCCGUGCAGCAGGGCCUCGGCGGCCAGCCUCAAGGGCAGCCGAACAAUGCGAACAUGGCCAGCCUGGGUGCCAUGGGCAAGAGCCCUCUGAACCAAGGAGAUUCUGCAGCCCCCAGCCUGCCCAAGCAGGCGGCCAGCACCUCGGGGCCCACUCCCCCUGCUUCCCAACCACUGAAUCCGCAAGCACAAAAGCAAGUGGGACUGGUGACCAGCAGCCCUGCCACGUCGCAGACCGGCCCUGGGAUCUGCAUGAAUGCUAACUUCAACCAGGCCCACCCAGGCCUCCUCAAUAGUAACUCUGGCCAUAGUUUAAUGAACCAGGCCCAGCAGGGGCAGGCGCAAGUCAUGAAUGGAUCUCUCGGGGCUGCUGGCAGAGGAAGGGGAGCUGGAAUGCCGUACCCUGCCCCGGGCAUGCAGGGAGCAACGAGCAGCGUGCUGGCCGAGACGUUAACACAGGUUUCGCCGCAAAUUCCCAGUCAUGCGGGACUGAACACGGCGCAGGCGGGAGGCAUGACCAAGAUGGGAAUGGCUGGUAACACAAGUCCCUUUGGACAACCCUUUAGUCAAACUGGAGGGCAGCCAAUGGGAGCCCCUGGAGUGAACCCCCAGUUAUCCAGCAAGCAGAACGUGGUCACUAGUUUGCCUCCUUUCCCUGCAGACAUCAAGAAUGCUUCGGUCACCAAUGUGCCAAACAUGUCUCAGAUGCAAACAUCAGUGGGAAUUGUACCCACACAAGCAAUUGCAACGGGCCCCACUGCAGAUCCUGAAAAACGCAAACUGAUACAGCAGCAGCUGGUUCUACUGCUUCACGCUCAUAAAUGUCAGAGACGAGAACAAGCAAACGGAGAGGUUCGGGCCUGCUCUCUCCCACAUUGUCGAACCAUGAAAAAUGUUUUGAAUCACAUGACACAUUGUCAGGCUGGGAAAGCCUGUCAAGUUGCCCAUUGUGCAUCUUCACGACAAAUCAUCUCUCAUUGGAAGAACUGCACACGACAUGACUGUCCUGUUUGCCUCCCUUUGAAAAAUGCCAGUGACAAGCGAAACCAACAAACCAUCCUGGGGUCUCCAGCUAGUGGAAUUCAGAACACAAUUGGCUCUGUCGGUACAGGCCAGCAGAAUGCCACUUCUUUAAGUAACCCAAAUCCCAUAGACCCCAGCUCCAUGCAGCGAGCGUAUGCUGCUCUUGGACUCCCGUACCUGAACCAGCCCCAGACGCAGCUGCAGCCUCAGGUUCCUGGCCAGCAACCAGCACAGCCUCAAACUCACCAGCAGAUGAGGACUCUCAACCCCCUGGGAAAUAACCCAAUGAACAUUCCAGCAGGAGGAAUAACAACAGAUCAGCAGCCACCAAACUUGAUUUCAGAAUCAGCUCUUCCAACUUCCCUUGGAGCUACAAACCCACUGAUGAAUGACGGCUCCAGCUCCGGAAACAUCGGAAGCCUCAGCACUAUCCCUACAGCAGCCCCUCCUUCCAGUACUGGUGUUCGGAAAGGCUGGCACGAACAUGUCACUCAGGACCUGCGGAGCCAUCUAGUGCAUAAACUCGUCCAAGCCAUCUUCCCAACACCUGACCCCGCAGCCCUGAAGGAUCGGCGCAUGGAGAACCUGGUGGCCUACGCUAAGAAAGUGGAAGGGGACAUGUAUGAGUCUGCCAACAGCCGGGAUGAAUACUAUCACUUAUUAGCAGAGAAAAUCUACAAGAUACAAAAAGAACUAGAAGAAAAACGGAGGUCACGUUUACACAAACAAGGCAUCUUGGGUAACCAGCCAGCCUUACCAGCCCCUGGGGCACAGCCCUCUGGGAUUCCACAGCCGCAGCCUGUGAGACCUCCAAAUGGGCCCAUGCCCCUGCCAGUGAACCGCAUGCAAGUUUCUCAAGGGAUGAAUACAUUUAACCCGAUAUCUUUGGGGAAUGUACAGUUGCCACAAGCUCCCAUGGGACCACGUGCAGCAUCUCCCAUGAACCACUCUGUCCCGAUGAACAGCAUGGGCUCCGUUUCAGGGAUGGCUAUUUCUCCUUCCCGAAUGCCUCAACCUCCAAGCAUGAUGGGUGCGCAUGCCAACAACCUGAUGGCCCAGGCACCGGCGCAGAACCAGUUCCUGGCGCAGAACCAGUUCCCGUCGUCCAGUGGGGCAAUGAGUGUGAACAGCGUAGGCAUGGGGCAGCCAGUGGCCCAAACUGGCGUGUCACAGGGACAGGUGCCUAAUGCUGCUCUUCCUAAUCCUCUGAACAUGCUUGGGCCCCAGACCAGCCAGCUGCCUUGCCCACCAGUGACACAGUCACCGUUGCACCAGACGCCACCUCCUGCUUCCACAGCCGCUGGCAUGCCAUCUCUCCAACAUCCAACAGCACCUGGGAUGACUCCUCCUCAGCCAGCAGCUCCUACCCAGCCAUCGACUCCCGUCUCGUCUUCUGGGCAGACUCCCACCCCGACUCCCGGCUCAGUGCCCAGUGCUAGCCAAGCCCAGAGCACCCCUACGGUCCAGGCAGCAGCCCAGGUGACCACGCAGCCUCAGACCCCAGUCCAGCCCCCAUCCGUGGCCACCCCUCAGUCAUCGCAGCAGCAGCCCACGUCUGUGCAUGCCCAGCCUCCUGGCACGCCGCUUUCCCAGGCAGCAGCCAGCAUUGAUAACAGGGUCCCCACUCCAUCCUCAGUGGCCAGUGCCGAAACCAGCUCCCAGCAGCCAGGACCCGAUGUACCAAUGCUGGAAAUGAAGGCUGAGGUCAAGAGCGAGGACACCGAGCCCGAUGCCAGCGAACCCAAGGGGGAGCCUGGGUCUGCGAUGAUGGAGGAAGAUCUACCAGGAUCUUCUCAAGUUAAAGAAGAAUCAGACACAACAGAGCAGAAAUCAGAACCAAUGGAAGUGGAUGAAAAGAAGCCGGAAGUAAAAGUAGAAGCUAAAGAGGAAGAAGAGAGCACGGCUAAUGGUGCCGCCUCCCAGUCAGCGUCUCCUUCACAGCCACGCAAAAAAAUCUUUAAGCCGGAGGAGUUGCGCCAGGCUCUUAUGCCAACCCUAGAAGCACUGUAUCGACAGGAUCCAGAGUCCUUACCUUUUCGGCAGCCUGUAGAUCCCCAGCUCCUAGGAAUUCCAGAUUACUUUGACAUUGUGAAGAACCCCAUGGACCUUUCCACUAUCAAGCGGAAGUUGGACACAGGGCAGUAUCAAGAACCCUGGCAGUAUGUGGACGAUGUCUGGCUGAUGUUCAACAAUGCCUGGCUUUAUAAUCGCAAGACAUCCCGGGUCUAUAAAUUCUGCAGUAAACUUGCAGAGGUCUUUGAACAAGAAAUUGACCCUGUUAUGCAGUCUCUUGGAUAUUGCUGUGGACGCAAGUAUGAGUUUUCCCCACAGACUUUGUGCUGCUACGGGAAGCAGCUGUGUACAAUUCCUCGAGAUGCCGCCUACUACAGCUAUCAGAAUAGGUAUCAUUUCUGUGAGAAGUGUUUCACAGAGAUUCAGGGGGAGAAUGUUACCCUGGGUGACGACCCUUCACAACCCCAGACGACAAUUUCAAAGGAUCAGUUCGAAAAGAAGAAAAAUGAUACCUUAGAUCCUGAACCUUUUGUUGACUGCAAGGAGUGUGGCCGGAAGAUGCAUCAGAUUUGUGUCUUGCACUAUGACAUCAUUUGGCCUUCGGGCUUUGUGUGUGACAACUGCUUGAAGAAAACUGGCAGAACUCGAAAAGAAAACAAAUUCAGUGCUAAGAGACUGCAGACCACACGAUUGGGAAAUCACUUGGAAGACCGAGUCAACAAGUUUUUGCGGCGACAGAAUCAUCCUGAAGCCGGGGAGGUCUUUGUCCGAGUGGUGGCCAGCUCAGAUAAGACGGUGGAGGUCAAGCCCGGGAUGAAGUCACGGUUUGUGGACUCUGGGGAAAUGUCUGAAUCUUUCCCGUAUCGAACUAAAGCCCUCUUUGCUUUUGAGGAAAUUGAUGGAGUGGAUGUCUGCUUUUUUGGGAUGCAUGUCCAAGAGUAUGGCUCUGAUUGCCCCCCUCCAAACACAAGGCGUGUGUACAUAUCUUAUCUGGACAGUAUUCAUUUCUUCCGGCCCCGAUGCCUUCGGACAGCCGUUUAUCAUGAGAUCCUUAUUGGAUAUUUAGAAUAUGUGAAAAAAUUAGGGUAUGUGACAGGACACAUCUGGGCCUGUCCCCCAAGUGAAGGAGACGACUAUAUCUUCCAUUGCCACCCCCCUGAUCAAAAAAUCCCAAAACCGAAGCGCCUUCAGGAGUGGUACAAGAAGAUGCUGGACAAGGCGUUUGCCGAACGGAUCAUCCAUGACUAUAAGGACAUUUUCAAACAAGCAACUGAAGACAGGCUCACCAGUGCCAAGGAAUUGCCCUAUUUUGAGGGUGACUUUUGGCCCAACGUAUUGGAGGAGAGCAUUAAGGAGCUGGAACAAGAAGAAGAAGAGAGAAAGAAGGAAGAGAGCACCGCAGCCAGUGAGACCACAGAGGGCAGCCAGGGUGACAGCAAGAAUGCCAAGAAAAAGAACAACAAGAAAACCAACAAGAAUAAAAGCAGCAUCAGCCGAGCCAACAAGAAGAAGCCCAGCAUGCCCAACGUGUCCAACGACUUGUCCCAGAAGCUCUACGCCACCAUGGAGAAGCACAAAGAGGUCUUCUUUGUGAUCCACCUGCAUGCCGGGCCUGUCAUCAAUACGCUGCCCCCUAUUGUGGACCCUGAUCCCCUACUCAGCUGCGACCUCAUGGACGGGCGCGACGCCUUCCUCACCCUCGCCAGGGACAAGCACUGGGAGUUCUCCUCCCUGCGGCGGUCCAAGUGGUCCACGCUGUGCAUGCUGGUGGAGCUGCACACCCAGGGCCAGGACCGCUUCGUCUACACCUGCAACGAGUGCAAGCACCACGUGGAGACGCGCUGGCAUUGCACCGUGUGCGAGGACUACGACCUUUGCAUCAACUGCUACAACACGAAGAGCCACACACACAAGAUGGUGAAGUGGGGGCUGGGCCUGGACGACGAGGGCGGCAGCCAGGGUGAGCCGCAGUCCAAGAGUCCCCAGGAGUCGCGGCGCCUGAGCAUCCAGCGCUGCAUCCAGUCCCUGGUGCACGCCUGCCAGUGCCGCAACGCCAACUGCUCGCUGCCGUCCUGCCAGAAGAUGAAGCGCGUCGUGCAGCACACCAAGGGCUGCAAGCGCAAGACCAACGGAGGCUGCCCGGUGUGCAAGCAGCUCAUCGCCCUCUGCUGCUACCAUGCCAAACACUGCCAAGAAAACAAAUGCCCCGUGCCGUUCUGCCUCAACAUCAAACACAAGCUCCGCCAGCAGCAGAUCCAGCACCGCCUGCAGCAGGCGCAGCUCAUGCGCCGACGGAUGGCCACCAUGAACACCCGCAACGUGCCUCAGCAGAGUCUGCCUUCCCCUACCUCAGCACCGCCCGGGACCCCCACGCAGCAGCCCAGCACGCCCCAGACACCACAGCCCCCCGCCCAGCCCCAGCCCUCGCCUGUGAGCAUGUCACCAGCCGGCUUCCCCAGCGUGGCCCGGACUCAGCCCCCCAGCACGGCGUCCACCGGGAAGCCCACCAACCAGGUGCCGGCCCCGCCGCCCCCCGCUCAGCCCCCACCCGCAGCAGUGGAGGCGGCCCGGCAGAUCGAGCGCGAGGCCCAGCAGCAGCAGCACCUGUACCGGGUGAACAUCAACAAUGGCAUGCCCCCUGGCCGCACGGGCAUGGUGACCCCGGUGAGCCAAAUGGCCCCCGUUGGCCUGAACGUGCCCCGGCCCAGCCAGGUCAGUGGGCCAGUCAUGCCCAACCUGCCGCCUGGGCAGUGGCAGCAGGCGCCCAUCCCCCAGCAGCAGCCGAUGCCAGGCAUGCCCAGGCCCGUGAUGUCCAUGCAGGCCCAGCCGGCCGUGGCCGGGCCGCGGAUGCCCAAUGUGCAGCCGCCCCGGAGCAUCUCGCCCGGCGCCCUGCAGGACCUGCUGCGGACCCUGAAGUCACCCAGCUCCCCGCAGCAGCAGCAGCAGGUGCUCAACAUCCUCAAGUCAAACCCUCAGCUGAUGGCAGCUUUCAUCAAACAGCGCACGGCCAAGUAUGUGGCCAGUCAGCCCGGCCUGCAGCCCCAGCCUGGCCUGCAGCCCCAGCCCGGCCUGCAGCCCCAGCCCGGCCUGCACCAGCAGCCUGGCCUGCAGAACCUGAAUGCCAUGCAAGCUGGCGGGCCACGGCCUGGCGUGCCCCCGCAGCAGCAGGCAAUGGGAGGCCUGAACCCGCAGGGCCAGGCCCUGAACAUCAUGAACCCAGGGCACAACCCCAGCAUGGCGAGUAUGAACCCGCAGUACAGAGAGAUGCUGCGGAGGCAGCUGCUGCAACAGCAGCAGCAACAGCAGCAGCAGCAGCAACAGCAGGGCAGUGCGGGCAUGGCCACGGGCAUGGCCGGGCACGGCCAGUUCCAGCAGCCUCAAGGACCCGGAGGCUACCCCCCAGCCAUGCAGCAGCAGCGGAUGCAGCAGCACCUCCCCAUGCAGGGAAGCUCCAUGGGCCAGAUGGCGGCUCAGAUGGGACAGCUCGGCCAGAUGGGGCAGCCCGGGCUGGGCGCAGACAGCACCCCCAACAUCCAGCAGGCCCUGCAGCAGCGGAUUCUGCAGCAGCAGCAGAUGAAGCAGCAGAUUGGGUCCCCGGGCCAGCCGAACCCCAUGAGCCCCCAGCAGCACAUGCUCUCAGGACAGCCACAGGCCUCGCACCUCCCCGGCCAGCAGAUGGCCACGUCCCUCAGUAGCCAGGUGCGCUCUCCGGCCCCUGUCCAAUCUCCGCGGCCCCAGUCCCAGCCUCCACAUUCCAGCCCAUCGCCACGGAUACAGCCCCAGCCUUCGCCACACCAUGUCUCGCCCCAGACUGGUUCCCCCCACCCAGGACUCGCAGUCACCAUGGCCAGCUCCAUAGAUCAGGGACACAUGGGAAACCCCGAACAGAGUGCAAUGCUCCCACAGCUGAACACCCCCAACCGGAGUGCACUGUCCAGUGAGCUGUCCCUGGUCGGCGACACCACAGGAGACACCCUAGAAAAGUUUGUGGAGGGUUUGUAGCAUUGUGAGAGCAUCACUUUUUUUUCCCCUUUCAUGUUCUUGGACCUUUUGUACUGAAAUCCAGGCAUCUAGGCUCUUUUUAUUCCUAGAUGGAACUGCUACUUCAAGCCGUGGAAGGGUAGAUUGCUGUUUAAAGAAACAAUACAAAGAAUAUAUUUUUUUGUUAAAAACCA